AGCGGGUUUUUAUCCUUUGGACGCUUUAUUGGGCGACCGGGAGAAAACCAAUGAAAUCCGCAAUAAGCCUGGCAACCUUGCAAAGCCUGGAUGGGAGCUUAAGUGAGGAAGUGAGGUGCUCACGCCGAAUUUUCUCAAGCGUAUUAGGGCUUUUUUUCUUGUUCUGGAUGAGGUGGUAGGAGUCCGGCUGAGGGACAGUUAGUUCCUCGUACGAAGUAGUAUUCGGGGAACCGAAUAUUUGGAUGGCGACAACUCACCGACAUUGCUGGCCUGCUACGGAGACAGGGAUAUCAAUGGUAGUUGAGAAUUUGCUGUACCUAUGGGGAAAAGCCUUAACCACCCAUGUACCUACCUACUUUUCUAGGUACCUUAAAGUUGUUGCCACUUACAAUUGCGAGGUUUCCAAUGAGAUGAUUACUAAAGCUCCGGAAGAUUGGUGACAAGGCGCAUGCGUGGGUGGCUUGACGAAAUGUAAGGACUGUACAAUGGAAGGGGAAAAAGGAAAGUGUUUCCCUUUGCCAUACUUAGUAGUGUACUGUACCUUGCCAUGAAGGUCUCGCCCAAACAAAUGUGGCG